GCUGAUUUCCGCAGAUUUCCGUGUUUCAUGAAAUACAGGAUCACAAUUACUCCAAUAAGUUUUUGUAAUAUUAGCUUUCCUGAGGAAAUUAUAGAAUGAGACACGAUUAAGUGAUGUUUUUUUAUUAACUGGAUAAUUAUACUUUCUGCUAAGACGUGCCAAGAAAAUACGGAAUGGAGAAUAACCUCAGUCGAAGUGGGAGCCGAUCGAGUUCUGUAUGUGAACUUGAAAAGGAUCUAAGCGAUAUGAAAAUAAUAAAAUCUAGGACGAAUCCACGCAAUACUGUGGGUUCCGCACGAAAAGCAAAACGAAUAAGGUUUUUUCGAAACGGUGACAAAUUUUAUUCAGGAGUCACGAUUCCAGUCUUGCCAGAACGAUACAGAUCAUUUGAUAGUUUGACUGCAGAUUUGACUAGGGCAUUAGUUGAUAAUGUUACUUUACCGAGUGGUGUAAGAACAAUUUAUUCACUUGAAGGUAGAAAAAUAGGAAAAUUAGAUGAUCUGGAGGAUGGACAAUCAUAUGUGUGCAGUGGUUUUGGUGAACCUUUUAAACGGUUAGAUUACGAAGCUAGUGCAGUAACGCCACAAUCUUUUAGACUUAGUGGCCCUGAGUCUUUAAAUGAUAGUGCCAGUCCGUCACCUGCAAGAGCUAACAAUAGACCGUCCCGUUACUUACUAACAAAUGGUAGUAACAAUACUACUGGUAAUGGGACAGCACGAGUGAGUCCUGCAGGUGACAAUGUGGUCCGACCACGCAUAGUAACAAUUAUUAGGAAUGGAGUUAAGCCACGAAAGGUAUGCAGAUUACUUUUAAACAAGAGGAACAGCCCGACACUGGAGCAUGCGCUGGCCGCAAUAACCGAAUGCAUAAAGUUGGACACUGGCUGUGUGCGGAAAGUGUUCACACAGUCGGGCACUGCUGUCUCCGCAUUACACCACUUCUUUGAAGAUGAAGAUGUCUUCUUUGCCUACGGAAAUGAGAGAGUUAAUCAGGAAGAUUUUGAAUUGGAAUUCGAAGAAAGCAAAGCUGUCUUACAAUGUAGAAAAACCCCAAUCUCAAGAAAUUCCAGAUCGGGUCCGAAGCCCCGUAUGCCGGUGAAGGCGAGCGGUGCGGCGGCGGCUGCUGCAGGUGUGGGGGGCGCCGAGAGCCGGGAUACUGAGCCAGCCGCUGCACAGCUGCUACCUCACCCGCUUUCUCUCAAGUACUCCGUUGGCAAAAUUAUUGGUGACGGCAACUUCGCUGUUGUACGAAUAUGCAGAGACAAGAAUACCGGAAAGGAAUAUGCACUGAAAAUAAUUGACAAAGCAAAAUGCAAAGGCAAAGAGCAUUAUGUUGAAGCAGAGGUUCGUGUAAUGAGAAAGCUAUGCCAUCCACGCAUUGUUUCCCUUAUAGAGCAACAAGACUGUCCCGAGUGGUUGUUCCUCGUUAUGGAACUCGUAGGCGGUGGCGACCUAUUUGAUAGCAUCGCGGCCGUGUGUAAGUUCUCAGAGCCGCAGGCGCGCUUGCUCAUUGGUCAUCUAACAUCCGCCAUCGCGUAUCUUCAUUCACUCUACAUCGUGCAUCGCGACAUCAAACCAGAAAACUUAUUGGUGGAAGUGGGUGGGGACGGCAGCAUACGCGGCCUGAAGUUAGCAGACUUUGGACUGGCGGUGGAAGUACACCGGCCGCUGCACGCUGUCUGCGGCACACCCACAUACGUCGCACCAGAAAUACUCCUCGAAACCGGUUAUGGACUAAAGAUCGACGUGUGGGCGGCGGGCGUGAUCCUGUACAUCCUGCUGUGCGGCUUCCCGCCGUUCUCAUCUCCGGACGGUGACCAGGAGAAGCUGUUCGACGCGAUCCUGUCUGCGCGGCUGGAGUUCCCCGCGCCGCACUGGGAGCGCGUCUCCGCCGGCGCCAUAGACCUGGUCGCCAACAUGCUGCGUCCUCAGCCCGACCUGCGCUUUGCUGCAGAGGAUGUGCUCGACCACGCCUGGAUGUCGGAUGACUACGACGAGAGCUGCGACUUCCGCACGUGGUACGAUGACGACUCCUCAUAGCUGAGCGACCGAAGUCCCCGGGGCACGAUGUCGGAGCCCUGACGACGUGGACACCACAUUAAUGCUAUAUAUUAUGCCACAGUACAGGCUACUGCCACGAACACAGCUCUGUAUGCCUUUAACUACACCAAUACCAAAGUUAUUCUCUAAUUUAUGAAUCUACCGUAGAAAUUUGGUCUUUGUUCAAUUUAUCAAACAAAUUCAUGUAAAGUUGCAGUUGUCUCGCUUUUUUUACUUUCUUCCAUUUUAUACAUCAUAGUGAAAUAACGAAAUAGUCUUUAUUUAAAAGGUGCAUGACAAAAUGUAUAUGAUGGUGGCUGUAAAGUAUUACUUUGAUAAAUAACACCUUAUCUUUGUUGUAAGACAACGAUUAUUUCAGUUAUUUGCAAUAGGAAAUGUUGAAAACAUGCAAUGAAAGUUCACAGAUAACGUCGCGUAUGUAAAUAAUUCAAGACGUGUUCUGAAAAUCAGCGAAAUUUAGAAUGAAUUUUAUAGUAGUGUGCAAGCUUCAAAAAUUAAUAAAAUUAUUUAAAAAAAAAACAAAAAAGAAAAAAAAAAACAUCAAAAAUUUAUUAUAAAUUCUAAGUCGCCUCAUUUAAAGCCGUUUAUUUAAGAUUUAGUUUAAUAGAAACAC